CCAUGUUUGCCUCAGAUCUGGCAUCCCUUUCUGCUUGGCCUCCACCGGAACACAUAAGCGCCCCCUCCCUCUCUUCUUCCUCUACGGAUGCUGCAGUAAAGUUGGUCGCGCCUGCGCAGUUUCGGUCCUCUUUUUCUUGGAAGCGCGCCCCUGACCCAUCGUACCAUGGCAGAUCCCGAUCUUGACUUCCAGACUGGUGAGUCUGGCGCCUCCGCCACCUACCCCAUGCAGUGCUCUGCUCUGCGUAAGAACGGCUAUGUGGUACUCAAGGGACGUCCCUGCAAAAUUGUUGAGAUGUCCACCUCCAAGACUGGCAAGCACGGACAUGCUAAGGUUAACCUGGUUGGUAUUGACAUCUUCACUAACAAGAAGUAUGAAGAUAUGUGCCCCUCCACCCACAACAUGGAUGUUCCUUCCAUUAAGAGGAUAGAUUAUCAGUUGGUUAACAUCAAUGAAAACUACAUGUCCUUGAUGAGCGACAAUGGUGACAUCAGGGAGGACCUGCGUGUCCCCGAAAACGAAAUCGGAAGGGAAAUUGAGACGAAGUUUGAGGCGGGUGAAGAAUUCAUGGUCACCGUGAUUUCUGCCAUGGGGGAGGAAUGUGCUGUCGCUACCAAGGUCCUGGCCAGCAAAUAGGGAGAUGGACUUUGCUGCCCAGGCAACAAGCACCACCCACAACCAGUCUCCUGCAUUCUCAUUGGUUCUGUCACCAAAGCGUCGGCCUUCACAGACAACCUCAAUCAUUCUGUUGUGAUUUCUCAUCAUUGAUCUUUUAUUUCUCCCCUUGUUUCUGUUUUCCAUUGCUGUUUGGGAAUGUUCCACUGCAGCUCGCUGCGUGGUUCACUGCCUGAUCACUGAGGUUUUGUUUGGUAACAAUCUACUUUAUAUAAAACAACUUUAAAAAUAAUGAUCAGUUGCUCAUUCCUGCUUAUUUUUGCCUUCAAAGUGUUGGUUUUCGCCACUCACAUUCCUGAAUGUUUAAAUAACAACGGGAUUCAGCUUUUGUAUGAUUAUUUUUUUAUUCUGUAGGUGAAUACAGCAGGUUUAAAGCCUUUUAGCAGGGAGGAAGGGAGAGAUUUGUUUUAACAGUGGGAGGGAGGGUUGCCCUGUAGAUACUAAAUUCUGAUUUAGGUUGUCCCACCGCUUCCAGCAUGGCCUUUGCUCUGGUUCCUGUGGGGGAUUGGGCGCAGCAAGGUCCAUUUUUCUCUUUAGCGCUGGGUUUGGUGGUAGCACUUAAGAGCCCCAGCAUGUCAAAGCUCUAAAACCAACAAGUGUUUAGUUUUUCUUUUUGCUUUUUCCUCCCCACCAGGGAAAAAAAAAAACAAA